AUGAGCUCCAAUUUGGGUGACCAGGGUAACUCUGUGCGAGCCGGUACCCAACUUCCGUCCAUCAAUUCCUCGAACGGGGCCAACGCUGCACCUGCUCCAUCACAGCCCAACAAUCCCGUCAGACUCCCCCCAAUCUCGUUUCUUUCUCAAGUUGGAGGCGAUUUUCCUCGGCUGAAUACUGAGCCAGAUACUGAUAUCAAAGACACGAAGCCAGGGGCUUUCCAAUUGGGUUCUGGUAUCCAACACCAUGCUUUGCCCAAGCUGCAUCAGGAGACUAGCUCUAUCCACAACGACACGAAGCUACCCGGAAUUCAUUCCAGUGCGGUGGGUCUGAUUCCCGGUAGAAACGGGGGUUCUGCUGGUUUGGAUGGAGAUCCUUUGGGCAGAAUUGAGUCAAAACCCAGUUCUGGAUUGCCUGCUCCUAUCGAUACAGGUGUUGAUCACCGCAGACAAAAUAUCAACGAAAUUGAGGCGGCGGAAGGGAAGGUCGCAAACAAUGCUUCAGCUGAGCAUGUGCAGCAACAGCAUGAGCCUGUUAUUCAAGAAGAGAUCAAACAGACGAUACCACCGGUCGAGCCAACCUCACAUCCCCACGUACACCACCACCAUCAUCACCAUCAUCAUCACCACCACGGCACCAAGGCCGAAACACAACCUAACAAUGGAAUGCACACAAAUAUUGCCUCUGAGGCUCCAGAGACCCGACACCAGCAUGAACGUUGGCAAGAGCGUCCCCCAACUGUUUCAGCAUUUGCUGCUGAACCCGAUCCAGUGCCAGUGUCUCAGCAAGCACCAGAUUCAGUAUCAGCCUCAGAACCAGAGCAGCACGUACCACAGAAGCAUAAGAUUGCCACCGUUUCCAGCUCAGAUGUGACCGAGUACGCAUCCAAGUUUUACAGAAGACACAUAGGCUCGGUUCUUUACCAGGUGUAUCCCACAAUCAAUUCCCUUCACAGACACCUCACGAUAGACAAGGAUGACGAGAUCUUACUAGAUGAAUUAGUGAAGAGGCAGAGCCAUACGGCAACGCCGAAUCAGGCUCCCAAGAUCGUGGAGGUGUUGCCUGCAUGUCUGAGGAACUACAUCAACUGCCUCAUAGAUGUAAGAAUACCCUUCUCGGCCUUAGUGGAUAACGAGAACGUGAUGAGGAGGAAGCUGUGGGGAACAGAUGUCUACACGGAUGACUCUGAUAUCGUGGCAAUAUUGCACCAUAGUGGAGUGUUGAACACCCAUUCGCCAUUUGAGACGGAAGAAACUGAACCUUCAGCUACAAACUCCGAGGCUUCUUCUGUAUCACCUGAAAAUGACAUUACACCGACAAACACUUCCAACAAAAACAAUGUUCAAAUACUAUGUCCCAAAGACGAUGCGAACGAUCUGGUUAUCACCCUUCUAAUCCUUCCCGAGAUAGAGGAUUAUCGGGGCAGCUUCAGAAACAACUACAACUCGCGUACAUGGCCUGGGAGACACAAUGGUGCCUCAAUUGCGCUUUACAAGGUCGCAUGGUGUCGGUUCGGCGAGGCUAGCACUCCCUUCAAGAAACAGAGGCUAGCCGAGAGAUUGGAGAUCUGGACCAGCAUCGCCAACGGGGAAUCUAGAGCACCUGUUUGGGAGUCCGAGAAGAGGCUGAGCAAGAAUAUAUAA